GGCAGCUGGAGAAACAGGAGAAAGCGCGAAAGCUGAAAGCUGUUCAAGAAGCUGAUGAAGAGUCCGAUGGAGACCAAAGUGUUAUCAUGGAACCUGAGGACUUGCUGAUUGCCACCGGGUCCAUGUCUCUGUUGACCGUCAAAGCCGCUGGCUGUUUCGUGGAAGUCGCGAUGCAAACCGACAAACGUCGAAAACAGGCGGUCAUGGACUUCUUAGGCAAAAGAAAUUCCGAAAAGGCGAACGAGGACUAUUUCCCGAGUAUCCAGUGCAGUCUGACGGUGAUAGUUUUUGUAGAGACCAGUCUGUUCUUUCCUCGAUUCGCGGAACUCGAGCAAUUCGAGUUGCAGAACCAACAGGCGGACUCCGAUGAUGAAGGCCAGGAUAACAAAGCGAAUAAAAACCAAGGUGGAGAUGAUGAAGACGAGAACGGAGAAGGCGGAAAGGAAGGCAAAGACAAGGACGGUAAAGGCAAGGAUAAGACGCCUAGUCCAAUUAAGGCUACUUAGACCGUGGAUUCAUCUUGAGGUCUCAGCAUCUUACUUUCUUUGACCGACGUGUUUUCAAAGGGAAAAUCACUAUGGUCAAAGAAGAUGCACUUCAAGAUGGACGAUAUCGGUAAAAAUGUCUCUAAGACAGGUAAGAAGGUGAUGACGGAAGUUCCUCCUCGUAACAUCGUCGCUCGACCAGAAUUGUACGAGAUCGAGAAUCCUGACAGACCAUUGGACAUGGAUUCGGACGAUGAAACGAUUCCGAAAUUGAUCACGUUGCCAGAUCCAGGUCAAAUCGCUGUUCCUAUUCAUCCUCAUCCAGAGUCGGUGGACAGAACUUUUUCGAUGAUGAAGUUAUGGUUGAAGUUGAUUGAGAUUCUUUUGGGAGCUUUGAUCUGUUACUUUUUUAGGGUUUCAUCUUAUUUCUUUCUAGUGUGAUUUCAUGUUUCUGCUUCUGGCAGUAUGUAGAUUCAUUUGUAGAAAGUAGAGUUAUCAAUUGUGAAUAUGCGAUUCUACUGCGUAGUAUACUAGUGCGUUGUGGAUCAGUGAUCAUAGGCCUUCUGCAGUAGGAGUUAUAAAAAGACAACUUGUUGUUCUAGCCCCCCUUCGUGCAUACUCGAGUAUAGACGGAAUCGGUUUGAAAGCCCAACUUGUUCUAGCCCCCCUUCGUGCAUACUCGAGUAUAGACGGAAUCGGUUUGAAAGCCCAACUUGUUCUAGCCCCCCUUCGUGCAUACUUGAGUAUAGACGGAAUCCUCUAAUCUUCAGUCGCACGUUGCGUGACACCGACCCAGCACACCGAUUCUCUACGCACAACGACGAAUGGCGGCAAAUUCCCGACAACGAUCGCAUCGGCUGGGUGCGACAGGGCUUCAUCGACCGCACACCGAACCCACGCUGCCCAACACAUGAACCUAGCGCCAUGCCCUACAGAGACCCACUCGACUCGCCCAGACAGUUGGAGGAAUUCGUGCAGUUGUGCGAGUUCGAAGCCGACCCAAGACGCAAUGCGAAACGCAGCCUGGUCAACUUGGCGCAGACAGGCGCCUUGGAAUUGCAGGACACGUUGCAUGAGAUCCGGGAUGAGCAGUACUUGAAUGUGUUGGGGAAAAAUCGGGAAGCGUACAUCCAAAUGCUGAUGCAGCGCGAUGCGGAGGCGAAAGAGAGGGCUUGGCAACUGGAACUGAAGAAAAACCCAUUGCUCGCCAAAAAGGUCGCCCAGAAAAAACGCAGGGAAGCGCGGCAAGCGAAGGGGAUACCGGAAACGACGACGAGCAGUUUCGACAGUUUCGGGUCCAGGGGUGGCAACAAGGACAGUCUAGACACGAACAAACUAAGUUUAAGGCUGUAGAUAAUUCAUCUUCAGAAGCAUGUUGGAGCUGCUGUCGACUUCCCCUUAAGACGAGGAUGGAAAAGAACACACAGCUCCAAGAUGUUGAGUCUCCACUACGACCUAGAAAGAUGGAUUUCUGCAACAUCUAAAAAUAAGUUCUCUAGGCAUGGGAGGAUCUCUGAUGUCUCAGACUCAAAUGACCGGCUCUACAUCGCACGCAUCGCACGAAGAGUCUACAGACAGUACCGCACCACAGGUCUUUCGAACGGAAGAACAGAAGCGACAGGCAGAGGUCGACCGUGUCGUGAAAAAAACCAAGCUGCCUUGGGUCGAGAAGAAGAUCGUCAAGGUGGUGCAGGAGCAAAAUUUGUUCCCGCGUUUUGGCAAAAUCUUCGGUUCCGGCAGAUACGCACGAAGCGAGGACGAGAAUAUCCUUGAUAAUCGACGUAAGUGGGUGGACCUAGAGUAUCCACAUAACACGGAAAUCAAGGCGUUGCGGAACUUGAAGAAAGGAAAUCACUAG